AUGGUCGAAGUCAGGCAAUAUCACCUAAUCCCAACGCACCUUAUUCCAAACUCGCCCCGUCCCCUCCUCCACUAUAAGAAUGUCCUAUUAAAGCGGCCUGGUACUGCCCAUUGCGACCCAACAGAGGUCUGGGAUAUGUUUACCAAUAAUGAAUGGAACGUGGCGUGGAUAUUUCGCUAUGGGUCAACUCAACUAUCACACUUCCACUCUAAGGCUCAUGAAUGUAUGGCCGUCCUUUCUGGUACCGCGACAAUUCGAUUUGGCGUUGCCGACACCUCAGAAGAUCUAGAGGAAAAUACAUAUGGGUCUGCCUGGGAGGAAGGCGGAGUUGAACUACAGGCAGAAGCUGGCGAUGUAUUUAUUAUCCCUGCUGGCGUGGCACAUAAGACGUAUGACGUUAAGCCCGAUGAAGGAUUUAAACUAUUGACGCCCGGAGGAGGACAUGGCAUUGAAGCCGAUGAUCCGAGGAAGGUCUUGUCAGAGAUUCAAUUAUCAGGUUAUACUAUGAUGGGAGCGUAUAACGGCGGCGAUUGGGACUUUGUCCAGAGUGGAGGAGACUUUGAAAAGUCUUGGGCUAUUCCGAAGCCAAAGAAUGACCCUGUCUUAGGUCAAUCAUCCCAGGGGCUAUGCAAGACAUGGAGGGGCAAUGACAGGGCUCCGGAGGGCCGCAAAAUCGCUUAUAAGGACGGCGCUGCUAUCCAGAGUCCACUUGCGAAGUUGUAA